ACUCGCGGCACCAGCAGCAGCAGCAGCAGUGGAGGAGGAGGUAGUAUGGCGGCAGUGGCGGAGGCAGAGGGGGUGAAGGCUCUGGCGGGGCUGCUGGCCGGACUCGCCCAGUCUCUCUAUUACUGUAAUACUGAGAUCAGCGAGGAGCUGCUCAGAUCCCAGUUAUACCCCAACCUGCCCCCCGAGGACUUCCACACCCUCUACCACAAGCUCAGAGGCAUUCUCAAGUCCAUGGCUACAGCAGAUAUGGACCAGGCUCAGUUGGAGGCGUUCCUGACGGCUCAGACGAGGAAGCAGGGUGGUGCAGGUCUGAGUUCUGAGCAGGCGGCGGCUCUGGGCCGGUUCUGGAAGGCUCACAGGACCCGGAUCAGAGAGAGUCUGCUGGCUCAGAGCCGCUGGGAGCCCGGCCUGAGGAGCGUGAACUGGAGGGUGGACCUGCAGACCGCCUCCAGCAGGGGGAGCUCAUCCAACACACCUGUGGCUCUGGUGGAGCUGGAACUGGGCCGGAGCGGACAGGACUCGGAGUUUGUGUGUUUGGAGUUUGAUGAGCUGAAGGUGAAUCAGGUGCUGAAGAAGAUGGCGGAGAUCCAGGAAAACAUCGACAGCAUUGUUCACCACAGCUAGUGUGUGUGCAUGACUCUGUAAUAUAUAAUGAUGCAUUUAUAAAUGUCCUUUAAUUUAGUUAUUUCUGUUUUUUGUCUCCGAUAAUGUACUGGAAAAUUUUCACCAUGUUUAAUAAUAAUAAUAUCCAAUUAAAUCCAGCUUUUUUUA